UCCCAUUUCCCUUGCAUUCAGCGGUUCGCCAGCCCUUGAAUAUUUGCAUUUUCUGAUGAGUUUACUUUCUAUCAGUCGAAUUAGGGAUUGGAGUUGAUAGGGGGGUAGUUUUAGCUCUCCGCUAAUUUAUGAUUUGCAUAUCUACUUUGAAUAAUUUGAAGUAUAAAGCAAAAAUUCAGAAUGAGAUCUGUAACGAGAGGCAUCAUGUCGCGGCCAUUGCCGAGCCAUCAGAAAUUGGCGGAAAAACUUGUGAUAUUAAAUACAAGAUUGGAUGGAAUGAUUACUAGAAUCUACAAUAUUAAGAAGGCAUGUGGAGAUCCAAGAUCCAAACCCUCGUUUUUAACUGAGAAAGCUCUCGAAUCUGCAGUAAAAUUUAUUGUGAGGAAAUUUCCUCAAGUAGAUAUCAGAAAUAAUCAGAAUCAACUAGCAGCCGUUAACAAUGCUAAGAAUGAAAUAUUGAAAGGGUUAUCAAUUUACUAUUAUACAUUUGUUGAUGUCAUGGAGUUCAAGGAUCAUGUCGGAGAACUACUGACAACUGUAGAUGGACUUGGAAUUAAUUUUGACAUUACGCUGUGUUUUGACUUGACUUCAAGUUAUCUAAAUAUGAUUGUGAAGUAUGUUUCUCUUCUUAUUUUGUUGUCAAGAAUUGAUGAACGUAAAGCAAUUAUAGGAUUGUACAAUCAUGCUCACGAUAUGCUGCAAGGAAAAACAGAUAAAGACUUUCAGAGAUUGGCUCAAAUGAUUAUGGACUAUGAAAACAAUCCUUUGAAGAAAUUGGUGGAUGAUUUUUCUGUGCAUAGUCGGUCUGUUCACGUUGCUCUCAUGUCACUCAUGCAAGUGUAUCCGCAACGUAAUAUGACUGCAGAUAACUGGAGAGCUGGAUCACUUUUCAGCAUAAUCAGUUCACCAACUCAGAUGUUGAAUCCAGCACAAACAGACAAGAUGCCAUGUGAAUAUUUAUCCAUUGAAGAUAUGGAAAAAUGGAUUUAUUUUGGGUAUUUACUUUGUCAUGCAACUAUGGUGUCUCAACAAGAAGCAAGCACAUGUCUAUGGAAACCUGUCUUGCAAACUAACUUCUGUCUCUCUCUGUUCCGAGAUGAAAUAAUAAUGUUGCACCGAACAGCAGAAGAAAUAUUUUCUGGACUGAAAGGCUACAACAAAAAAGUUGCUGAAGUUCGUGAAUGCAGAGAACAUGCUGCACAACAGGCUGGGAAGGUUCACAAAGAUAAAAGAAAAUUUCUGAGAACUGCCAUGAAAGAAUUGGUGCUUUUGAUCACAGAUCAGCCAGGUUUGCUCGGACCAAAAACGUUAUUUGUGUUCAUGUCACUCGCUUAUGCAAGAGAUGAAGUGAAAUGGAUUGUAAGACACGCAGGAAAUCUUGUCAAAAGAGCUAAUCCUGAAGAUUUUGUUGACCGAUAUCUCGGAGAACUUAUUUUUCACAUGGAAGAAUUACGCCAACUAGUUCGAAGCUACGAUGAAGUUAUUCAAAGAUAUUACGUCCAGUAUUUAUACGGAUAUGACGCUGUUGUACUCAAUGAAGCAGUACAAAAUCUAUCGGUUUGUCCAGAGGAUGAAUCGGUUAUUAUGACAUCAGUCGUUAAUACUAUGACAUCACUGAGUAUCAAGCAAGUUGAACAAAAAGAAUUAUUCGAUUUUCGAGGACUGAGACUUGACUGGUUUCGUUUGCAGGCAUACACUUGCGUGAGUAAAGCUGCCUUACUAUUAAAAGAUAAUCAACAACUUGGAAGACUCAUGAAUGCAAUCGUGUUUCAUUGUCGGAUGAUUGAUGACUUGGAUGACAUGUUAAGAGAGACUUCGGAUCUUUCUGACUUGUGCUUUUUUCCAACCGCUCUGGUCUCCUCUUUCAAGAGAUGUUUGGAAUUGCGUUUUCAAUCAAGAUACUCGAUCGCAUUUCCUCUCAUAUGUGCACAUUUUCAAGGAGCUAUAAGUGAGUUCUGUCCAGAAGAGAGACUCCAUAUCCGAGACCGUGCAAUGAAUUACGUAACAACCUUCCUCGAUGACAUGUCAAAAGAAGCUCGGAAUUUGUUAUUCCUAAUCGCUGAUGAACAAUGUGCAUUGUCAGACCAGUUGUUGCCGAAGAAUGCUGCAGUGCAUAUGAAACAAGGAAUACGAAAGAAAGGGAAAGGAAAGAAGGGAACGAAAACUCACGUCACUGAAUCAAUGAAUCCUGGAAUUGAAAGUUUCAGAAAAGAUAGACUUCAUGUCACAAAAAUGGAUGAACUUCAUUUGGCAUUGGCUGAAAUUUGCAAUGCUAUCAACUACAGAUCAACAUUUGUUGUUUGGGAACAUACUUUUUCUCCAAAAGAAUUUUUAACUGCCCAGUUAGAGAGCCGUUAUGCCAAAGUACUGGUAGCCUUAACACACAACAAAGAAACAAACGAAAUGGCAAAACCUACAGAGCUGCUUUCCAGAACAAAAGCUUAUAUGUCUGUUUUACAGACUAUUGAGAACUAUGUUCAAAUAGAUUCAACAAGAAUUUUCAACAGUGUUUUGCUGCAACAGACCCAAAUGCAGGAUAGUCACGGAGAAACUACGAUUACUGCUCUCUAUACCCAAUGGUAUUUGGAAGUGCUAUUGAGACAAGUAAGCAAUGGAAACUCUAUUGUUUUCUCGGAAUUAAAAAGAGCUUUUGUGUUGUUGCCUGGCGUCGAUAUAUCUUCGGGAAGCAGCAAUCAACCAAGUAUAAACCCUGAAGAGUUCACAAACAUCCAAGAACUCCGUGCUCUUGCUGACCUAAUCGGACCAUUCGGAAUGAAAAAUCUCAAUGAAAACCUCGCCUGGCAUGUUGCAAGUCAAAUUACAGAAUUGAAGGUUAUAGUACAAAGGAACGCUAAGAAACUGGCUGCGUUAAGGAAAAGCUUUACCAAGCCAGAGCUAAUGGCUCGUCUUGUUUCAGAUCUAGAUGGAAUUGAAAGUGUUCUUCUUCGAAUGACGAUUAUUGGAGUAAUCUUGUACUUUCGAUCGGUUACACAAGAUGCAUUGAAUGACGUUCUACAACGUCGCAUUCCAUUCCUUUUGUCAUCAAUAACCGACUUCAAAGAUCAUAUUCCAAAGGAAACAGACAUAAAGGUUUCAAUUGGCAUCAAUGAACUUGCAUCUGCUGCCGGUAUUCAAUGUGAAGUUGAUCCAGCGUUAUGCCAUGCACUUGCUUCACAGAAGUCCGAGAAUCCCGAAGAGGAACACAAGCUCUCCUGUCUACUGAUGGUUUUUCUCGCCGUUUCUAUUCCUGUACUUGCGAGAGAUGAAGGAUCGCUGUAUUUACCUGAACUUGGAGCUCAUGGAAACAGCUGCCAUUGCAUUGCACUCGCUGUGAAUCGUAUUGCUGCUGCAUUGUUCACUGUCAAUAAUGGAAAUAUCUCAGAAAGAUUAACAGAAUUCUUAGCUCUUGCAUCUUCCAGUCUUCUUAAGCUUGGUCUUGAGACAGAUCGAGCAAGCACUCGCAAUCGAGAGUCAGUUUAUCUUCUGUUGGAACAAAUCGUAAAAGAUUCAUCAGUUCUUACUAUGGAUCUUCUGGAAUCGUGUUUCCCAUAUGUUCUACUUCGAAAUUCUUACCAUGCAGUGAGGAUUCAAUCAGGAAGCACCAACACGGCAAGCUCGCCCACACAAGCACAGCAAACGAUCGAGAAUUCUACUGCGUAAUGGAAAAAGUGUUCACUUUGAUGCUCAACUAGCCAAUAACGAGAGCAGUGUUUCUCAAACCUUUCAAGCCGUGCCCCCUUUUAACAAUUUGCAAGUCUCCACCUCGAAAAUAACUAGCUAACAAUAAGCUACAAAUAACAGAUAGUACGGCGAAAUUAUGUGUCAUUCAAAAACACGUUGAAAAUGUGUGGAUGGAACGUAAAUAAUGAAAUAAAUAAGUUUUAAAAACAAAUAAGGCGGGCAAGAUCUAAAUCGAAUCAAAUAUUUUUAAUUAGCUUCACGCCUCCUCAAAAAAUUUUCUACGUCCCCCUCGUGGGGCGUGCCCCAUCGUUAGAGAACCACUGAACUAGAGGAAUCUUGAUUUUGCUUGUUAGCGACAUAGUUUACCUAUCGAAUUAAAUUUCCUCGUGGUGGAAAUCCUUGAAAAGGUUCAAAUUUUACUCGCUUAAAUUCAUGAAUUUACUUAUAAUAAUGGCUUUAGAAGCAUUUUGCUCUUGGACAGUAAUAGUGUCAGAAUAGCCUUUCAAUUCUUGCUAUAUCAAAUCGUGCAAAAUAUUUGAUUUUUCUGAAAGUUAUGAUAUAUACUAAAUUUUGAUUUGGCAAUUUCAUAAGGGUGGCAAAUUUCACAAAAAAUGUCGAUUUUUGGUAUUUUAAGUAGUAUCAGUUUUAAUUCUGUUUAUACUGGAUUAUUUGGACAUACCCAUGCUAGAGUUUCUAGUAUUAAUACCACACUAAGUUAUUUGAGAAAUUUUGCUAUAUUUGUUUAUGUUGUUCCCAUAUUUCGACAACUUAUAUAAUAAUAUCAUUAUACGAUUAUAAUCAGCUUUUUUCAUGCUGCUAUUCAAGAUCAUUUUUUCCUAUUUUUACGAUUUUUUUUCAAUUUUGUUGUAUUCUGUAUAAAAUAUGAAGAGAUACAGAAAUAAGCUGCGUCACUUAAAUGGAAUAGAAGUUCAUAUUUAUAUGUCAUGGAAGAGGAAAUACAGAAAGAUAAGAGACCAGAUGGAAGCGAUUGUGGCAUGUUUUAUGGAAGCCGUUGAUGAUCCUGCAAACAAGUUAUCUUCAUUCAUUUGGAAUAUAAAAAUUAACACUUUUCCUUUUAUUCUUAGCUGCUUGUAUUCACAUUACUUUAAUAAUCAUGUUCCCUAUCUUUUUAUAACGUAGACGCAGAAGCUUUGAAAUUUUCGGUUUUCAACAAAUUUUUGAUCAUUGAAUUAAAAAUGUGUAUUUGAUGGAAGUUAAUCUAGUAUAAAAUUUCGUGUAUCAUAUGUCCUACGUUUUUUUUUUCUUCUUUAUAUCCAAUAAACUAUCCAGAUAUAAA